AUGGUUAAUAUUUUUAAAAAAGUUGAUAACUCUUCGUCGUUUGAAACUGAUCCUUUACUAGGAUCCAAGGAAAAAAUACAACCAUUUUGGAAGAAACCAUGGUUUACUCUUUUUAUUGUAAUACUAAUAAUUGUUGUUACUUCAACAAUUAUUUUGUACGUAUUUUUCCAUAAAAAUGGUUCACCAAACGAUAUUCAUUAUGCUGAGUCGGAGGCAAACAUCGUUAAAUUUAAUGCGGCAACGUUAUCGUAUAAUCCUGCAAAUGUCAGGUUCAAAUCUCAUCCAACUUCUAGGGUGUCGAGCAUAGCAACAACUAAUGGUGAUUACUUUAAAAAAUGUGCCCCAGACGUUACCUGUAACCCAGACGAUAAAUACAGGACAUUCAAUGGGUCGUGCAACAAUUUGCGUAACCCUAACUGGGGUGCUGCAUUAACACCAUUUUACAGGCUGAUAAACGCUGACUUCAAUGAUGGUAAUAAUACGCUUAGAGUUCAAUUAGAUGGAAGACCAUUGCCUAGUGCUAGACUAGUAGGCGUGAAAUUAUUUUAUAUGAGAGACAUUCGCAACUACGAUCAUGCCAAUAAUGAGUUAUUAGUUCCGUGGGGACAGUUUUUGACACACGAUAUAUCGUUCUAUCCUGAUGAUAUUCGAAAUGCCACUACUCCAGCUGAUUUGGAUCACUGUUAUGAAAAAGAUAAGACCAAAAUACCAUUUGAAUGUGAAACCGCUAUACCGAUAGCAGCAGAUGACCCAGUGUAUGGCCAAUAUAAUGUAACACUCUUUAAAUUUGUUAGAUCUACAACUUCGGUGAAUUUUAGCUGCCCUUUAACACCUAGAACUAUUCUCAACAGAAAUACACAAUAUAUAGAUGCAUCUCAUGUAUACGGCUCAAACAAAAAAACAGCUGAUGGGCUACGAACAUUUGUGAAUGGUAAACUUAGGUCACGGAUAUUAAAAAACGAAGAAUAUUGUCCUCAGAAUCCUAAUUCGGAAUUUAAAGAUGGUCCAUUAGGAAAAUCUGAUGUUCAAUUCGCCGCAGGCGAUGUCAACGUCAAUCAGAAUUUGGCUAUUGCAUUGUUUCAAAAUUUAUUUUUAAGAUAUCACAAUCAUUUGGCUGAAGAAAUACAGACUUUAAAUCCGUCAUGGUCCGACGAAAGAGUUUACCAAGAAACACGUAGAAUCGUAGGUGCAAUUAUACAAGUUAUAACCUAUGAGCAUUUCUUGCCAAUACUUCUAGGAGAUGAAUACAUGAAAGAGUAUGGACUCACUGGACAGACGAUCUAUGAUCCUUCAAUUAAUUCAGCUUUAGCACAAGAAAUGACAAGUGGUGCGUUCCGAGCUGUUCACAACAUUAUUCCCGCUAAAUUCAACUUAAUGACUGCAAACUAUUCAAUUAUCGAUGAAGUUGAGCCUUCAAGAGUGUUACUGCAGCCAGACUUGCUCAUAGGAAAUUUUGAUAACAUGUUACGAGGGUUCUUGGAAACACCAGGCCGAGCUGUACAACCAUCCUAUAAUAAUUUGAUUACAAAUAUCGUGUUCAAAAUACCAAAUUUGGAUGGAUACUCGGGAUUUGAUUUAAUGUCUUAUGAUAUUCAAAGGGGCAGAGAUAAUGGACUUCCACCAUAUAACAAAAUGAGACACAUUUGUGGCUUAAAAAAAGCAAACAAAUUUAAUGACUUAUCUGAUUUAAUUUCUUCAGAGGAUAUUGAAAUUUUGAAAUCGUUAUAUUCUACUGUGCACGACAUAGAUUAUAUUGUUGGUGCCCUCUUGGAAAAACCUAGAAAUGGAUCAAUGGUUGGUCCAUCAACUGCAUGUGUAAUUGGAGACAGUUUCUACAGGUUCAAAGCUGGUGAUCGUUUCUUUUAUGAUAUUCUAGGACAACCAGGAAGCUUUACCCCAGAACAAAUUAAAAGCCUGAAAAAGAUCACUCUUAGUCACGUUAUGUGUACAUCAUCAAACUUGGGUCACAUGCAAAAGGAAACAUUCAGAUUUGUUGACCACAAGUGGAUGUCAAGUAUUAAGUAUAGCUGUAAAUCAUAUAAGCUGGACUUAUCACCAUGGAAAGAAUUUUAA